GGCAGGCACAAUUACAAACAGCUGAUGCUUUUGCCAAGAUUUACGUUAAAUAAAUUAUUAGUGAGAUGCCUUAAUCUGACAAUGGCCGGGAGAAACAGUCAAUUAACCCCUUCUAAUCGGUCAUCAAGCCAAUCUCGCAGCAGCAAUAGCAAACAAUUUAAGCAAACCUGCACCCAGUUACUGGAUUUGCCACCUGCCAAGGUGACCGAAUGGCUGCAAAGCUUUGAUGCCGUCAUCUCUGAUUGCGAUGGCGUUCUUUGGGUGUAUGGAAAGGCCAUUGAAGGCUCUGUCGAUGUCAUGAACCAACUGAAAUCUAUGGGCAAAAGCAUUUACUUUUGCACAAACAAUUCAACGAAGACCCGUUCGGAACUUUUGGUCAAGGGCGUAGAGUUGGGCUUCAACAUCGACCAGAACAGCAUAAUAUCGACUGCGCAUGCAACGGCUGCCUAUUUAAAGCAGCGGAACUUCAACAAACGGGUCUAUGUUAUCGGUUCUACCGGCAUUACCCAGGAACUGGAUGCCGUGGGCAUUAAGCACACCGAUGUGGGCCCCGAUCCCAUGCCAGGCUCGUUAAAUGAAUUCAUGACGCAGCAUUUAAAACUCGAUACGGACAUUGGAGCCGUUGUGGUAGGAUUCGAUGAGCAUUUUAGCUUUCCAAAAAUGACGAAAGCGGCCACGUACCUGAACGAUAAGAAAUGUCUUUUCAUUGCCACUAACACGGAUGAGAGAUUCCCGAUGCCCACGCAUGUGGUUCCCGGAAGCGGCAGCUUUGUACGUGCCAUACAAACGUGUGCGGAACGCGAACCAUUUAUUAUUGGCAAACCAAACCCAGCCAUAUGUGAGCAAUUGAUCCGUGCAAAUAAAGUAAAUCCGGCACGCACCCUAAUGAUUGGAGAUCGUGCCAAUACCGACAUAUUGUUGGGCUAUAAUUGCGGCUUCCAGACCCUGUUGGUCGGCUCGGGCAUCCAUCAGUUGAGCGAUGUGGAACAGUGGAAAAAGAGCAACAAUCCCGAAGAUAAAAAGCUUAUUCCGGAUGUUUAUCUUCCAAAAUUGGGAGAUUUACUGCCCGCCCUACUUACUGACAGGGCCAAUAUCUACUAAGUUGCAGGGAUUAAAUAUUUGUAUUUAAAUGCACAGAGACGCUACCUGAAUUAACAGAAACUUUCAAAUAGACAUGUAUUUUAUUUAGCAACCAAUGUUAUACAAACGUAACUAGUACAAUUUGUAUUAAAAAAUAAAACCAAUUUUAAUUUA